CUGCCGUUGGGGGUUAGCGGAUUGGGACCACACAAGUGUCUGGCAGUGUGGGCUGGGGCCUUGUCACUGAGGCAGAGCCAUUUCUGGGCCCGAGGCAGCUGCUCCAUGCUCUGCUGAACACGGUACUGGCCAGUGCCAGGAGGAAGUGAGGGGACAGGGAAAUGACACCCUAAAGGAAAGGGGCUCCCUUGUCAGGAGGACAGUGAUCCCAUCCGGAGACAAGUCUGGAAGCUGAGCUCCCUCAGAGACACCGCUGUCGCUAAAACAGACACUAAAGGGUGGUGAGACGGCUCAGCUGGUGAAGGCGUCUGCUGCCAAGCCGGAUGACCUGAGUUUGAAUCCCUGGACCCACAGGAGAGAACAUACAGGAGAAAUAAAGCACAAACAAAACCCAGACAUUAGGGAGAACUAACAUCGAAAAGUGAAUGCUGAGGUCUGGAGAGAAGGCUCAGCCAUUGAGAGCCCUGUCUGCUCUUGCAGAGGACCCGGGUUCAGUUCCGAGCACCUGCAGGGUGAUUCACAACCACCUGUACCAUGCUUCCACACUUCCUUCUGCUCCUGACCAUCUUGGGCCCUGGCAACAGCCUUCAGCUUUGGGACACCCGGGAGCAUGAAACCAAGGAAGCCUCAGACCCAGGCCAUCUCCGGGAACGGAGACAGGUGGAUGCAGAUGAUGGUUUUGAGGAUUCAGAUGACUAUCAUGAAGAAAACACAGACCCCCCAGAAUUUAUAAACAUCACCAGCACUGUGGCUGCUCACCCUGAGCCUCUGACCACCAUGGCCAUGCUAGAGCAGAGGGAGUCCAAGGGGGCUGGAACCUCUGAACCAGCCACUUCGAACAUUGCCACCACCCACCUUGCUGGCCCAGACGCAGGAGGUCCGAUUGUUGGGAUGCUGAGCACAGAAUCUCACACACAGUGGAGGCCAACCACAGUGUACGUGACCAGGCCAGCACCGAUGGAGGCAGAGACCUCACAGCCAGCACCCAGGGAGGCAGAGACCCCACAGCCAGCACCCACAGAGGCAGAGACCUCACAGCCAGCACCCAGGGAGGCAGAGACCUCACAGCCAGCACCCACGGAGGCAGAGACCUCACACCCAGCACCCAUGGAGGCAGAGACCUCAUACCCAGCACCCAUGGAGGCAGAGACCUCACACCCAGCACCCAUGGAGGCAGAGACCUCACACCCAGCACCUAUAGAGGCAGAGACCUCACACCCAGCACCCAUGGAGGCAGAGACCUCGGAGCUUCCCAGGAAUCAGGUUAUAGAAAGCCUGUUUGCAAAGUCCACAGCUACAGAAGCCCCUUCUGCACAGCCCAUUGCCACCAACACCACAGCCACAGAGUCUAAUGACUCUAUCAACUUCCUUGGCUCAUCCGUGACUCACAGUGACAAUAAUGUGUCCACUGGCCACUUCCCUGACACCGGCCUGAAGAAAGGUCUGAUCGUGACCCCUUCGAGUUCUCUGGUCCCCACCCCGCCAGGGACCUCGGACCUCAUCCCCGUGAGGCAAUGCCUGCUGGCCAUCCUCAUCUUAGCUUCCCUGGCUACCAUCUUCCUCGUGUGCACGGUGGUGCUGGCGGUCCGCCUGUCCCGAAAGAACCACACGUACCCAGUGCGGAACUACUCCCCCACGGAGAUGAUCUGCAUCUCAUCCCUGCUGCCUGAGGGGGGCGAAGGGGCCCCUGUCACGGCCAAUGGGGGCCUGUCCAAGGCCCAGGACCUGAAGACAGAGCCGGGUGAGGCCAGGGAUGGUGAUGACCUCACCCUGCACAGCUUCCUCCCUUAGCCAACCCUCCAUGCCCAUCCCACCAAGGCCACAGAUCUGGGCUUCCUGGGUGAAACCCAUCCACAGGGGUCUUCAGGGAAGAGACCUCAGACCAAUCAGGGCUCCCCGAGCCCCCAAGGUCCUUCGGUUACUGCUUCAUUCAUGGGGUCUGGUGACCUCCACACCCAGGACAAUUAGAGUAACCACGCUCCACCUGUCCUCUGUUUUGUCUGGAAUCCCCCUCCCCAGUGCCUUCCACUGCCUGGAGCCUUCCUGCAGGGUGGCUGGAGUCCUGUCCUCAGGGUGGAGUUCCCUUACCCCACUCCCAAAGCCAUUCUCAUGGUUGCUUGUUUGGGGGGGGCCGAGGGGGAGGAUCUUUCUAAGCCACCUGUAAUCCCAGUACUCUGGGAGGCAGAGGCAGGCAGAUCUCUGUGAGUUCAAGGCCAGCCUGGUCUACAAAGCGAGUCCAGGACAGCCAAGGUAAACAGAGAAACCCUGCCUCAGAAAAAAAAAAAAAAAAAAAAAAAAAAAAAAAAGGAAGAAGAAAAGAGAAAGGUGCACUGAGGGGUCUGCCAGAGAGCAGCAUUUCCCCAAGGCCAUGUCUGAACCUCUACCCAGUGAGGAGCAGCUCGGCUUUCCCAGGCACCUGGUGUGGAAGCGUAGUCCUUCAUUUGGGUCUGUGUGAACCCAUGAGCUUCUGCCUGGUCACACUGUGGCCUUGCAUGGCACAGGCCCUCAAUAAAUGUCAGUUCCAAAUG